UUUUUUUUUUUUUUUAAGAAAUUCUCUUCUCUAUUAUAUCAAUAAAAUGACAAAUAUAUUCCAAAAGCGUUCAACCAUAAACAAAAAUAGGUCAUUCUGUCCUUUAAUUCUAUAUCAUGAUAACCCAUCAACUCAACUUUCAAUGGAAUUAAAUGCUAAUUUACAUGAACACCGUACAGCUAUAGAUCGUCAUCGAAAUAAGACCAAUGAAAUGUUAAAUCAAAAUGCACAAUUUUGGAUUGAAUUAUCUACAAACUUGAUAACAGACAUUUCAGAUUGUUUAAAUAAUAAAGAUAUCAAAGUGUUGCCAAGUACAAGUACAACAUCAAAUAUUAGUUCCUCUUCAAGCUCAAGUUCUGGUGAUAGUAUUGUCACAAUAGAUCAUCAUGUGAGAAAUUCUCGACCGCCACUCAUUAAGAAUUCACCUUCCAUUACUUCAAAUCAUUUCUCUUCUGAUAGGAUAGAAGAAGAAAAAUUUAAAAUGAUAUCAUCUUCACGACAGAAAAGACAGUCUAGAUUAAAAUCUUUAAAACCAACACAAACAUUGUCUGAUACUGUAACAACAACAACAACAACAACAAAGAAAAGACGUCGAGGAAAUCUACCAAAAAAUGUUACUGAGUUUCUUCGAAAAUGGCUUAUUCAACAUAAAAAGCAUCCUUAUCCUGCAGAAAAAGAAAAAAUAGAUCUUGCUCGUCAUACGGGUCUGACUGUAAAUCAAAUCAGUAAUUGGUUUAUUAAUGCUAGACGUCGAAUCUUACAACCAAUGCUAGAAUCUGAAAGUCUAACAGCACAUAUCAUGGCACAUCCUGACCUUAAACAUCCACAUUCUCUCUUAGUGAAUCAUGCAAACACAAAGCGAUAUGAUAUUUAUACGAAUGAACAAUACUAUUCUAAUUCUCUUUAUGAUUCUUCUUUACCUACAAUGAAUAAUAAGAAUGAGCUUCAUUAUCAACAAAAGCAGCAAUCUAUUUAUCAUUCAAAUCAAAAAAUGACGUUUUUAAACAAGUCAAGUUUAAUGGAAACGAACCAUUCGAAAAUAUCAUCUAUACACUAAUAAGAAAGAAAAGAAAAGAAAGAAAAAGGGAGGGUCUACCUUAAUAACUUUCUCUCUCCAUUUUUUUGUUUAUAUUAUUACCAUUGUAUAUUAUUAUUAUUCUAUUCUCCUUCUCCCUUUAUUUACAUUCUUUUUUUUUAUUAUUAUUAAAUAAUUAUCAUUUGUAAUUUUAUCAUCAUUAUUUACUUUACCGAGAUCUAUAAAAGGAGAAUAAUGAUGUGUCACUGUUUGACAGAAUAGUUAAGUGAUGACCCCUAUCCAUUUGAAAUAUACAUACAUAUAUGUAUAUGCAUGUAUAAAUGCUAC